AUGAGUCCCUCAAGCAAAUCGGAUGACCCAUUGGAGAACUUCUUCAAGGACUGCGGCCUCGAAGUGAGGAAUGGCAAGGCGACGAAAAUCGCUGUGGACCGUAGGGAGCUCCAAAAGAGAUUCCAGGCGAAAUUUACUAGCAACGAACAAACAUCAAGCGGCAUUGUCGCUGACAUCAGGGAGUAUUUCGAGCAGAAUCCGGAGAGAUUCGAGAAUGCUCUGCUCACCUGUGAUGCAUCUGAAGAUUCGGAAAGCCAAUUGACCUUGUGGCCCUCGAGACAGAACAGCCUUCUUUGUUUACUGCUGGGUGUGACACGGAUUCAGAAAGACCUGCUGAAAUUGGUUCUCGACAUACUCUACGAGAGGGUACUCGCGGAGGAGAAUGCCAACGAGGUUCUCGCCGGCGUUGUCCAGGCCUUGAAGUGGCAGGAUGCCAUCAGCGAAUCGGGGUAUCUCGCAGACCGAUUGUUCGAGAUCGUUGAGGAUUUCCCUCUGGAGAGCCAACGUCAGCUGAUCAAAGCGCUGCCCGAUCUCCUUUUAGACGAGGAAUCGCAAACGAAAGCUUCGAUCAAACUAUGUGAGCUGUAUGAGACGCGCUCUGAACUGGCUGGAGCCGUCCUCGAAGCGCUCGGCGCUGUCCGCGUACCAGAAGACGAAGUUUCAGAUAUACGAAAGAAAGUCCUCGCCUCUAUCUCUAAUUUGGAUAUCAGUCAGUUAUGUCCAGUGCUCGACUUCGUCUUGCGAAACCUUCCGGACUCGGAUGCGCCGAUCGUGAUCAACCUACUGCGUUGCAGCGAUGCCAUCAGUUUGGCUGCUAGUCAACGUGUCGACGACCCGGAGGAAUCAGCGAGCGCCGGCGUCGACGCAGACCUUCACCGUUUCAUCGAGAAGUUGAGAGUCGGGGUCAUGACCAACAAAGUCAUCGGUGAACGCUGGUUGAAGAUGAUUGAAGUGAACUCCACCGGUACUCCACUCAAGUAUCUGGAUGUCCUCUUCCUCCUGACUUGCUACCGACAACUCCCUCAGCGCCAUGUCGAGCUCACGUUGAGGCAGGUGAUCCGAGAUGAAUGCCUCACGGAGACAUUGAUCACCGAGAUACUGACCAAAUUUCGGAAUUUACUGAAGAGAUACACGGCGAAUUUGAUUGCCGUCUGCGAGAUGCUCAUGCGGAGUGUCGUAGCCAGCGUCCACGAGCUGGCCUCGACGGCCUACAAGCAACUCUUCCUAAACUACGAUGCACAUGUCCAAACGGACGUAAUCGUCGCGCUACUGACGCACGCUGGAUCUGGUUCACCGUCGGAACUACAGAACUCGUUGAGCUGCGUGGAGUCCCUGUGCCUAGAGCACGCUCUUGCGAGCGCGCCUUACGGCUUCAUGCUACAAUCGCUGGUGGAUCAAGUACCCCGCCUGUCGCUAGGACAAGCGAGAACACUCUUCAGGAGCCUGUCCAGCUUGGCUUACGUAUCUCGCGAUUCGGACAGCGGAUUGAAGGACACACUACGGAUAGCGGCUCGUAAGCGACUUGUGAAUCCGAACCUCAAGUACAAAUGCGUGGGUGUCGUUGCGUCGGUCGCCAUAGUCGAGGCGAUGGCUUCGAGAAAGAGAGACGCCGAAUUCGCGAAUGAGGCUCAAGCUUGUCUGGAACAAGCUCUCGAAUCAUCGAGGAACUUCCCCGUGUCAGCAGCCUUGUUCUUAGACGAACUCAGCCUUGCUGUACCUCAACUCAAUGAGGAUCUCGUGAAAUGGAUACACACUUGGGUAGCUUCGGAGUUCCAACGAUCUUACGUUUCCUCACCGUCGGUCAGCGAAAGCUCCUCGUCGACGUCUCUCCUCAGCCGCAGUAAUUCGAUCGACUCACCGGGACUUAGUAUCGAUGUCGAGAAAUUGUGCCUCAUGCGAGAAGGGCCUUCAGCUAGCGGGAUGCCUGUGGAUGCGAUGUGCCCCCUGUUCCGGCUUCUCCGAGUUUGCGAAGUGACCUGCUUCGGUUCGGAUCUCCAAGGCAUAAACGCGCUGCUCUUCGCUAAAACUCUCCCUGCCGAUCUGGAGGAACUGAGUUUUCAGAAUGCACCAGAUCAAGAUUGUCUCUUGACGACACUGUUCCACACAAUUAAUUGGCACCGUGAGCUCUUGAAUUGCUCGUCAAAGAAAAUGUCGGAUGAGGUGAAAAUCCAGCUAGUGAAAAUUCUGAAGCGACAGGUUCGGCUCAUGGACCUAGCUGCGAGCUGGCUUCCGCAACUUCCUUCGUUCGUACCUCCUCGAGUAGGAUUUGAAGACGAUUCCAGUGCCAACACCAUCCACGUGAAGACAGCCAUCAAGACGAAAGCAGCUCGGGGUCGCAAGCGGAAGGCUAUAGCGGAUGAUUGCGAGGAAGCUCCGCCUUCGAAACAAGCUCCGGCACCGGUAUCAACGUCUGCUUUCCGGAACUUCCUCCGUUCCCUGGACAUAAACUUCAUGCAUUUAGUCAAUGAAGAUUUCCCACCGAAGGAGCUAGCCUUCGCCCUCCAAGAAUUACUGCUGCAAUUAGAAACAUCGCUGGCGCUCGAUGAGCCUCAGCGGACUUCGUUCCUCCCUGCAGGGGUGAAGAAAGAAACCGCGGUCUCUCGGAGACUUCCGAUUGAGAUUGUGCUCCACGUGGUUGAUCUUCUGCCGAUGCUGACUGUUUUCGUCGAGGAUAUAGCUUCCAAGCUCAAGGUUAGAUCCUUACAUUUGGAAUUUGAGCGUUUCCGAUCGGGAGCAUACGCACCCUUGACCAGAACUCUCGAAUUCCCUCAGAACAAUAACGGCGAGCUGGACGACUCGAUACUGGAACCAGAUGCGGUAGGCUGUCUGAGGCUUUCUUUCUCCAUAUUGAAUUCCCUGCUUUCUUGGCGAGGUUUCAACGAACCGAAGCAUUCGAAGACGCUCCGAGAUGUGCUCAACAUCAUCGCUCUGAGGGUUGGUAACACUCAAUUCAGAACCCAAUGCGACCUCGUCGAAUUCCACAAGCGAGUGUUCAAUUACUUCGUCGAACUUUCCCCCUCCAUAAACGACUUGCACACGGCAGCAGCUUUCGUUCGUCUUCUCCUAACAGUUUUAGACAAGACCGCAUCCAACGCGGACUCAAAUAAGCAAAAGCUCCUGGGAGUCGCCGGAGACUUCCUACGGAAAGACUGGCCCCGCACCGGCCUGGAGAAUCGCGUGAUAUCGAAGUGCGCCCAGACUCUACUGACAGUUUACAUUGAGGAGAGCGAGGAUCGUUUUGAGCCGCUCGGCUACCUGAUCUCCGAAGUCUUGCCCGAACUCGCCGAGAACCCCAGAAGCACGACGUUCCCGCUAAUUUCGAAAGAGACCCUAGCGCCUUGUUUCAAAACCAUCUCGUGCUACUUCAUCAAAUGCACAAAGCAAGCCUGUGGCUCAUCCGCAAACUCGAGCCUGGAUUCGUGGCUCACCGUCGUACAACGUUUGCGAGAGUUUCUAAGCGUGAUCAAGAUCGCGGCAACGAACUCUAAUGCUUCCUGUGGUUUGAAGACUGCUUGUGAAACUCUGGAUCUUUUUGUCAAACACGGUAUCCCGGUUCUCGAGACGCACUUCAGAUCACGGAACGAUGAUGUCCUACGUUUGGUGAAAACCCUGCAACACUCUACCAGGAUAAUGCAACACACCUGCUCCCACUUCAAGAUGUCUCAACAGGUCGCUCUGGGCAGACAGGUACCUGUCGCGAGAAAACUCCUGGAGAUCUUCAUUUUCAAAAUGAAAGCACUUUUCAACAAAUUCGGCUGCGGAGACGCGCUCCAGAUGGGACAGCUUAAAAUGCGGAAUCUCAAGGGUGAGACUAUGGACAUGGAGCAGGAGCACGGAGACUUGGAGGACGCUGCGAGUCUCAGUGAGGAUGAUGAGGACGGAGAAGGUGAUGAGGAAGGUGUCGCCUAUAACCUGACGGACGAGAGCGCGGAAUUCUAG